AUGCCCGCUCCACAGCUUGGCGGUAGGGGACGUCGGCACGAGGAUCCGGCCGCUGGUCUCCGUAGCCCUCUCUUGGAGGAGUUCCGGAAUGCCAAGGACCGCAAGUGGACGCUCAAGGACAUCUACGGACAUGUUGUCGAGUUUAGCAUGGACCAGCACGGCUCACGAUUCAUCCAGCAGAAGAUCGAGACUGCGGAUGAGGAGGAGAAGCAGAUUAUCUUCGACGAGAUCAUGCCCCAUCACGCUCUCAAACUUAUUCAGGACGUCUUCGGCAAUUAUGUUGUCCAGAAGUUUUUCGAGCACGGAAAUGAGCUCCAAACGAGCUUGCUCGCAAAAACCAUGGAAGGUCAUAUCCUGCCACUUUCAUUGCAGAUGUACGGCUGUCGCGUUGUCCAGAAGGCCAUCGAGCAUAUGCCCGCCGAGCAGCAAAGCGCGUUCGUCGAUGAACUGGCUGGUGACGUCCUGCGUUGCGUGAAGGACGCGAAUGGCAACCAUGUUAUUCAACGACUCAUCGAGAGUGUACCACCGGAACGCUUGACGUUCAUAGCGGCCUUCCAAGGGCAUGUCUGCGACUUGGCCACUCAUCCGUACGGCUGCCGUGUUUUGCAACGCUGCUUCGAGAACUUGCCCGAGCAUCAGACGCGUGUGCUCCUCAGCGAGGUCCAGGAACACGCUCUGCAGCUCAUGCAGGAUCAGUUCGGCAAUUAUGUCAUCCAAUUUGUUCUUGAGCACGGCCAGCCCCAGGACCGGGCGAGCAUCGUGUCCAAACUCCAUGGCCAGAUGCUGCACAUGUCCCGGCACAAGUUUGCGUCGAAUGUGGUUGAGAAGGCCCUCGUCAUGGCCGAGCCUAGCAGCCGGCGGGCGCUCAUCGAGGAGGUCAUGGCUCCUCGGCCAGACGGGCCGAAUCCGUUUGUGUCUAUGAUGAAGGACCAGUUUGCCAACUACGUCUUGCAGAGAGCACUCAUGGUAGCAGACCAGGACCAGAAGGAAGCGCUUGUUGAGCUAGUUAAACCCCAGCUCCAGAAUUUACGGAAAAUAUCUCACCACGGAAGGCAUCUUGUCGCUAGUAAGUGGCUUGAUUGUGACAUCCUUCCUCUCAACGAUGCUAACUAUUUGUAG